AUGCCGCAAAAAGAUUACAGAAGUCAAACAAGCUGGGAGACCGGAGUUGCCUCCAUGAUGCAAAACAGUCACAGCGGAGUAAACCAGCUUGGAGGUGUGUUUGUGAAUGGGAGACCUUUGCCUGAUUCCACGAGGCAGAAGAUUGUGGAGCUGGCCCACAGCGGCGCUCGACCAUGUGACAUUUCGAGAAUUUUGCAGGUAUCCAAUGGCUGCGUGAGUAAGAUCUUGGGCCGAUAUUACGAGACAGGUUCUAUUCGUCCUCGAGCAAUUGGAGGAAGUAAACCCAGAGUGGCCACUCCAGAAGUUGUAGGCAAAAUUGCUCUGUACAAGAGAGAAUGUCCGUCUAUCUUUGCCUGGGAAAUCAGAGACAGGCUGCUGGCAGAGGAAGCCUGUACUAAUGACAACAUACCGAGUGUUUCCUCAAUAAAUCGAGUACUCAGGAACCUGGCCAGUGACAAGCAGCAACUUGUAAAUGAGGGCGUUUUUGAAAAGCUAAAAAUGCUCAAUGGACAAGCUACCUGGGUGGGGCGCACCGGGUGGUACCCUGGGUCGACGCUCACUAUCACAGAAAAUAUGUGUUCGCAAGCAGAAGGAGCGGAAAACACAAUAUCAGCUAGUUCCAACAGUGAAGACUCAGAGGAGACUCAAAUGAGGCUUCAGCUGAAGAGGAAACUGCAGAGAAACAGAACAUCCUUCACCCAAGACCAAAUAGAAGCACUUGAAAAAGAAUUUGAGCGAACUCACUAUCCAGAUGUGUUUGCCCGAGAACGUCUUGCCAACAAAAUAGACCUGCCUGAAGCACGGAUACAGGUUUGGUUUUCCAACAGAAGAGCAAAGUGGAGAAGAGAGGAAAAGUUGAGAAAUCAACGCCGUCAGCUGUCCAACUCCUCCAACCAUGUUCCCAUCAGCAGCAGUUUUAACACCAGUGUUUACCAAUCUUUACCCAAACCUGCUACACCAGUGUCCUUCUCAUCAGGCUCUUUGUUGGGGAGGUCGGACUCAGUCCUGUCCUGCAGCUACGGCCUACCGUCCAUGCCACACUUCAGUAUGGCUGCCAGCCUGCCUAUGCAAGCAUCUUGUCAGACGUCUUACUCAUGCAUGCUGCCCGCCAGCUCAGGCGCACCAGUAAAUGGAAGGAAUUAUGAGACCUACACUCCUCCACACAUGCAACAGCACAUGAACAACCAGCCAUUGAAUUCUUCUGCUACGUCAACAGGUCUAAUUUCUCCAGGAGUCUCAGUUCCAGUUCAAGUUCCAGGAAAUGAAACAGACAUGUCACAGUAUUGGCCACGUCUGCAAUGAUGCCAUUGAUGUCAACGAUGUUGCAGCACUUGUUCACUCAAAUGUCAUAAAGGACAUUUC